AUAAAACUAGUUUCUAUGACAAUCUGUUUGUUCGAUAGGUACUCUCUUCCGACUUAGGUAUUUUCCAUUCAAAAAACGUUCCUUUCAUCAAUUCAGUAUAAUUCAAUCGCCCAUGAAAGCAAACAUUCAACCUCCUUGCUUUUGUACUCAGGCAUAAUAAGCAUAAAAACCAGCUUUACAAUGGCUGAAAUUAACCCAUUUAAACGGCAAAUGAAUGCCUUACAAAAGCAAUGGUAUCGUGUCCUGAUUGCACGUAAAGUCGGUGCUGCAGCCCAACAACUUAAACCUCGCAACAAAGACCAAUCUUAUCAAAGCGUCUGCCACCACAGAUACAAGAACGCCUUUCGCAUCUAUAACCAACAAUUCAAUAAUGAAAUCGAAAAACUGGAAGCCAUGCAGCCAAGGGCCAUCGACGCCAUGCGAUUGCACAGGAGUUUCGCCAUCACAACCCUUUGGCUGCCACUACACUCGAAAAGGGAGAUAAACCUGACGCUGGAGCAACUGGAAAAGGUUUUGAGUGUCAAAGAGAGACGCAGACUGGAGCAAAUCCUCGCCCGAACAACAAAGAGAUUUUAAAUUACUCAAGGACUAUACCCGGAAUGCCAUUGUAGCCCGGUUCCCGGGUAUCCCUAGCCAUCAUCAUAGCCGUAGUUGUAGCCCCCCGUAGCAUGAUAUUUAUACUUUUGGCUGAAAACGUGGCCAGAAUGAAGAAUGUAGGUUGCUAGGUUUUAGUCGUAGUCUCGUUGAUGAAGCUCGAGGAUUCUUGCAUGCACAAGCACAUUGUUGUAUUCUUUUUUGUUUUUGUGUUUGUUCCAUGUUUUUUGUUGUUGGUAUUUUUCUGUUCGACCCCUUUUUAUUUUUCGUAUCCUUUUGUUUUUAAUUUCUACGUUGAAAGCGAAAUUGUUGUGUUCACCUCCUUCUGGGAACAAACAAUGUGCAAAGGACAUAAAGUUGUAUAUACCAGGAGAUGAACAUGUAGCGCCUUAAUUAAGAAACCCGGUUCGGUUCUUUAUGUGAAAGAGCUCACGACAUACAUUCCAUUCCUUUGACUUUGUAUGUCCUUCCUAUAGCUCUUCGUACCUAGUCCCAUAUAUGUACAAUUACUGAGCACCAACUACACCUUGGCUACCUACAGGUUGGCCGUAGGAAUGAGUGGAUUUUUUCCUAAGGUGUCACUUACAAAU